AUGCAUGGCAUUGAUUACUCUUACGACUCAGGACAAGAAGUUAGUGAAUCACUAGAAGAAACAAUUGAUAGUCAUAGUGUUGAUAUAGAAAAUGAACUUGAAAAAUUAAAUAAUUUUAUGUUAGAACGGAUUGAAUGUCAAAAAGGAAUUGAGGAAUGGAGAAAUGCAUGCGACCAUUUAUCAUCAUGUUUUGAAAGAGGGGCAAUGAUAGAAGCUCAAGAAGAAUUUAACUCUAUUAUAUUAAGUGAUAUUGACCCAGAAGUUUUUAGUAAAUGUGUUGAUUUUAUGAAGAUGUGGACUACACAAGAAUUUAAUGAGAAUGCAAUGUAUGGACUUAGAAUGCUUUGUGGAGCUUUAUCAAGUAAAGCAUUACAAAGUGUUGAUGUAAAAACAGAAUUAAUUAAUUGGAUAUGUCAAAAAGCAGAUUCAUUUGAGAAAAAAGCAUUUUGUUAUGCUAUGAUAAUAUUUGGAAUAAUUGUUAUACGAGAUGAUAUGUUGGAUAAUUGUACUGAAUUUAGAGAAAGAGUAUUACUUACCUUUAUUCAUACCAAUGGAUUUACUAUUGAUAAUCAAGGAAAUAUUAGUAAUAAUAUUGAUGCAUUAGCACAAAACGGAACAUUUGAAGAUAAAGAAAUUAAUUUAUUUGAUAGUAGUACUGAUGUAAAAUGUUCAGAAAUAUCGAAUGAAUUAUGGGAAUUAUUGGAAUUAAAAGGAUGUUAUUGUUCAAUGAAAAGAUUUCCAAAUGACGUUAUUAAUUCUGUAGGAACACCAUUUAUUCAAUUUAACAAUAAUAUAAAAAAUAAAAUCAAUAAAGUUACAUCAGGAAUUAUUGUAACAAGAGAUGAUAUUAAAUGGGAAAAAAAUGAAGAAUUAAUGAAUGAAGAAUAUGUAUUACAACAAAGAAUUCAAAUGAGUUUUAUUCUUUAUAAUGAUUAUUUAUAUAGUGAAGCAAUGUAUUUUAUAGGAAAUAUUAUGUCAAUGGCACAAGACUAUUGUAAAGAAUUAAUUCAAGGAUUUCCAUCAGAAAUAAAUACAAUAAAUGAACAACGAUUAAAUGGACUUUUAAAUAUGUUUACAGGUAUUGUUUAUGAACAUCAAAUUAUUUCAUUAUUACAUGAUUAUAGAGCAAAAGCAAUUAAACAAUUUAUUAUUAAUUGUGUUGAUUCAUUAACUUCAUUAUUAGUCUUAAGACAAAAAGCAACAUUAGGUGUACUUAAACUUCUUCUUUCUAUCCCAGAUAAUUUUGAUAUUAUUGUAGAUACUAAUAUAUUAAAACAAGUUAUUAUUUAUGCAUCAUCAAAAUCUGAAGAUAAAGAUAUAAUUAUUCCAUGUUUUAGUUUUGUAAGAGACAUUAUACAUGCUCCAAUAAUAAAACACUUUUUCACUACUCUUGGUUAUCCAAAUCAACCGUAUCAAAGUGUUUAUGUUUCUUCAACAGGAAUUAGAGAUUUAUAUUCUAAAUUAAUAUAUCAAACAAAUGGAAGUAUUGAAUUAUUUAAACAUAUAUCAGUCAUUCAAGCACUUGUAAAAAGUGGAUUAAUUAAGAUAUUUUGUAGAAUAAUUAAUGGGAUUAAUAUUAAUUGUGGAUAUUAUGAAGCUCAUUGUAAUGGAAUGAUUGAAAUUCUAUUUGAUAUUCUUCAAUUUGCUUCUUUAGUCCCAGAGGCAAGUCAAGUCAUUAUGAAUGAACCAAAACAAAAAAAGGUAGAGGGUGUAAUGGAAGAAAAAUUACAAAGUGAUGAAGAAAUUGAUGAAUUAAAAGAUUCAAACAUUGAAUAUACUAAAGAAUUUAAUGGACCUGCAAUGUUAAAAACAUUUAUUGAAGAUGUUAAUAUUUCACGAGAAAUUAUACUAAGUGUUACAAGAACAGUAUUUCACUGUAUUUCAAAUAAAGAACAAAAUCAUCAAAUUAUUGAAACAUUAAAGAAAAAUGGAUUUGUUACUGGAUUAAUGAAUUUAUUGGAAUGUGAAUUUGAUGAUAAAUUAGAUGUUGAUAUAGUCUAUUUUUCAAUACAAAUUUUAUUAAUUAUGUCUAAAGAAGAUGAUGGAGUUAUGGCAAUAUUAAAACCAUUAAAAAUUGGUGAAUUAUGUGGAAAAGUAUUACAUAAAAUGAGUGAUAAUGUUUCAUUAGAAAGUAACAAUGGAAUUAAAUUAUUAAUUAAUGCUGCACAAAGAAUGAUUCAAUUUAUUACAAAUGGAAAUAAUAUUGAGAAAGAACAUUAUUUUAUUAAACAUAUUAAUUUAUUAGAUAGAAUGGUUGUUGAAUUUGAUAAAAAAGAUGCAUUAACAUUAGUUUACAAUCAUCUUCUUAAAGAAGGAUUGAUAAAAGCAGCAGAAACAUUAAGACAAGAAGCAAAAUUAAAUUUAACAAACCAAAAAUCUAUUGAUACUGUGACUUUUGAUGAAGUUGUAAAAGAUUAUAUCACUCAUCAACACCUUCAAUGUAAAAAAUGUUCUACUAUUAUCCCUGAACAAAAAAUUACUCAAAAACACCAUUGUGAUAAUACUCAUUGUAAAAAUAAUGAAAUUUCAUUAAAUCUUGCACAUAGAUUAAUGAAUAGAAUGUGUUAUGGAAAUAAUACGAUGUAUGCAAACCAAUAUAAUAUGACGUUAGCAUAUAGUUCUAAUUCAAUUAAAAGAUUUAUUAUUGAUUCUCCUGAAGUUGAUUCACAAGUAAGUAGUUUAGCAAUUAUUGAUGAUGGAUUAAUCGUUGGAACAAAUUCAGGGGCAUUAAAAAUGUUUGAAAAUGAUAAAACAUAUUAUGAUUGGUUUGCUUAUAAUGGGGAUGGAAUUCAUUCAAUUGACCAAUUAAUGGUUAAUGAAAAAAGAGUUUAUGCUCUUAAUGAAAAUGGAAGUUUAAUGACCUUUUUAUUAACUGACCUUCAACAAAGAGAUACUACAACUAAUCCUAUUAAUCGAAUUGAAGGAUAUGGUGCUUUUACUAUAUCUAAUAAUGGAGAUAUAAUUUGUGGAGCAAGUAGAACAGAGAAAAAACUUGAUCUAAUUGAUUCAGCAACCUCAGAACUUAUUGAAACACUCAUCAUUCCUGAUAUUCCAAUCACAUCCCCACCAGUAUUUUCUCCAUGUGAUUCAUUACUAUUUAGUUCAAGACGUCUAUUUGAUAUGAGACAAAAAAAUCCUAUCUAUACAUUUGAUUUUUUGACAAGUUAUAAUGGAGGGAUGUUUACUUCUGAUUGUCUUGAUGUGUUGAUUGACUCAGAAUUGUGGGAUCUUAGAAUGUUAAAAUUAAAGAAAACAACAGACUUAUUAAAUGGGUGUUAUUCACGAGUUAUUGAUGAUGACAUUUUUGUUAGUUUUAAAUAUGAUGAAACUGAAGAACAUCAAGGUCAUUCAUUAGUAUUUAACACAACCUUUGCUGCAUUUAAUAUGGAUUGUAAAAUGAUUAGUCGAACAGAUGUUGUUGACUCAUGCUUUGAAUAUUCAAAAGUUAUGGGAGAUGGAUAUAUCAGUGGAAUACCAGAUGUGUCGAUUAAAGCAAAGCAAGUUGGUGUGAUUGUUAAAAAAGAACGUGCGAAUGUAUUAUUAUUUGAAUACGCACAAAAUAAAAGAAAUUACUAUGAUAAUUUAGAGUCAAGUGAUGAUGAACUUUCAAGUGAUGAUGAAAUGUCAUCUUCUGCUUUUGAAGAAGAGUAUGAAAAUAAUAAUAUUUUUGGUAAUGACUAUAUUAAUAGUGAAGAUUUAGGAAGUGAUAUGGAAAGAGAAAUAGAAUAUAAUAGAGAAAUGGACCAGAGUGAUGAUGAUUUUGAAAGUUCAAAUGAUCACCUUCAUGAAGAAACUGAUGGAGAAGAUAUUAAUGAUGAUAAUAUUAUGUCAGAAGAUGAAGGUGAUGAUAAUUAUGUAUACGAUGGAUUUAUUUGUGAUGAUGAAGAACCAGAAGAAGAGGAAGAGUCUGAAAUGUUAUCAAAGAGUAAAGAAGAUGAAUAA